AUUGGAAGCUCGGACUCCGAGCUAAUCCCUCUCUCCUCACCAUGGCGGGUGCUCAUGUCAUCUACUUCAUUGUCCUUUGCUUUCUAGUUAUCUCAUCCGGACAAAGACGCAGGAACGUCAGAAAGCAGGCCAGCCCCAUUGACGGAGUCCAAAUACAGGAAAACUUUAACAUUGACCAGUUUUCAGGCAAAUGGUAUCUUAUUGGUGUGGCGUCUCAUUGUACCUAUUUGAGAUCGAGCAGCUACAGUGUGGAAGCAGUUGUCAUGCAAGUUUCCAAUGAGAAAGAAACUGUGCGCACCAAUACAUUGCAUAAAAUGGAAGGAAUAUGUUGGGAUAUCAAACAGGAGUACAAGAAGACAAGGACCAUUGGGAAGUUCUACCGAAAAAAACGGGGAGUGACUACUUACAUGGCAGUUGGUGAAACUGAUUACAGCAAAUACGCAAUCAUCGCUGUUCAGCAGACUCCCAAACAGAAGCUGACUCUGAAACUCUAUUUGGAUGAGCAUUGCCAUUCAUUGGCGGGAAAGGGAGAAAAGAGGGAACAACAACAACUUGCAUUUAUUUAGCGCCCUUCACGCGGGGC